AUGAUAAGGCUUUCGCCAGACGUCAUUGUGGAUAUCCAGCGCAUUCUAGAGCUGAAUCAUUCGGAUGUUUCUGACCCACUUGAUUCAUUCGACUUCACGGAAAACCACGCUGUUAAUAUCCUCAACAAUCUGAUACCUGAUGAAGCCUCUCUUACCAACCUGGAUUCGGUUCAGCGAAAGCUUCGAGAUGACCAGCGUUCUUUGCAACAGGAGAUUGUCAUUCUCAGAAAUGAAUUGCAUAAGGACCAAAACCCAGAGCGAAUGCAAGUCAUUCAGGAGCUGAUUUCUGAGCUACUCUCGCAAAUGGCUCGCAUACGCGAGAAAGCCACUGAAUCCGAAGCUGUCGUUCGUGAAAUAACGAAAGAUAUUCAGGUUCUGGAUCUGGCCAAGAAGAAUAUCUUACACAGCAUUACCGCCCUCAAGCGUUUCCAAAUGCUAGUCAAUGCCCUAGCUCAGCUCGAAGGCCAGAUAAGAGGGAAAAACUACGGGCAGAUAUCGCAGACCCUUUCUGCAGUCAAAGAAUUUUCCGCUAUAUUUAAGACGUACACUGCAGUUGAGCGCGUUGCCGCAGUCUGGAAAAAGGUACAAGAAAUGCAAGCGGUCAUAGGCAGUAUGAUAGACGAAGACUUCAAUGCGUUUUUCUUCCACGACAAUAUCAAAGCACCGAAGCCCGCUAUUCUGAGUGACGCGUGCCUUGUGGUAGAUGUCCUAGGCCAUGAUGUUCGUGACCAUCUCAUUGACCGCUAUUGUUCUAUCGAGCUAAAGGAAUAUCGUCGAGUAUUUCGCGCUAAUGAUGAGGCCGGACAAAUAGACAAUAUAUCUAGACGAUUUGCUUGGUUUCGUCGUAUCCUGAUGAAUCACUAUGACGAAGAAGGCUAUGCGGAGAUUUUUCCACCAGAAUGGCAGGUGGGGGAGCAUCUCUGUGCCCGUUUCGUAGACAUCACUCGGGACGAUGUGACAGCGGCAUUGUCAAGGAAUGCUCAUUCACUCACUGUCACCAUGCUACUUGACGCACUCAAACAAACCCUUGAAUUCGAACAAUCUAUGGCGAAACGCUUUGGAAUGCCUUUCAGUAAAAUAAUACAAUACUGUUCAAAUCGCGAACCGAAGGCCAUUUCAUCUGCCUUUGACCCACACAUGGGUGUGUUCGUAGAUGCGCAAGAAAAGGCACUCGCUGACAUGAUGUCCGGAUACCGAGGCAGCAAAUCACGGUCAUCACUAGAAGGUGUUACAAACCCUGGCAAUGAUUCGGAGACUGUACCGACUGUCCUGCCGUCAUCCACCAACUUGUUCUACUUUUACGGACAGAACCUCGAACAAUGCGCAAAACUUUCUAAUAAGCGGCCUCUAUUUGACCUGACCGCAUUACACAAAAAGUGGCUCAAGAUUUAUGCCGACGAUGUUCUCCUCGCUGGCAUGAAACGCUCUGAUAAAGAGCGAAAGUCCAGUGAGAACAACAUUAACUUCGUGGAGAUAUGCAAUGCCUGCCUCAUUCUUAACACGGCAGAAUAUUGUCAAGUUACUGCCCUCGAGCUCGAGAACAAAAUCAAGGAGAGAAUUAGCGAGGAAUUUCAGGGAAAAGUGACAUUCCAAUUCGAGCGAGACCUUUUUGUCAACGUUAUUUCAUGCGCUAUCAACGUUCUUCUACGAGAAGUGGAAACUACAUGUGAACCUCAGUUCAUCUCAAUGGGUCGUCCUUCGUGGAAUGGCUCCCAGCUAGUCAGCUCGGAAUCGGCAUACAUGACGGAACUGGUCACAUCCUUGAGGUCAACUGUGGAUGUGAUACGCGAUCAUAUCGAAAAGAAGAAAUAUUUUCGCAAUUUCCUGGACAAAGUAUCAAACGCAAUGGUUGUAAAAUUUACUGCAACAUUAGUUAAGAGCCGCCCCAUAAAAGAAACAGGGGCAGAGCAGGUCUUGUUAGAUUUGCAGAGUCUUAAGAGGGUUCUCCUCAGCCUGCCUGAUCCUCAAUCGACAGAGGGUCACUCUACAUACUCACGCAAUGUCAACACCGCAACUACGCAGCUGGAGACCUUGCUCAAAUUAAUCAUUGCUCCCACCACAUCUGCGGAAUCCUUCGUCAUCAACUACUUGCUGCUCGUCGGCGACUCUUCAUUCUCGAACUUCCAGAAGGUACUGGAUUUGAAAGGGACCCCUCGAAUGGAGCAAAAUACCCUUCUUGACACCUUUUUAGCGACAAUCAGCACUCGAGACGACCUCGACUCAAGUUCUUUCCUGUCCUCCCUUGACAUGAACCCGUCCUCAACCGCCGCGAGCGAACUUCCAUCAAGAACUGCAAGCAGUUCGCAAUUAUUCAGUGGGCUGACAUCCCCGACUUUGGCCUCCAUUCCAGGUCUGCCUGGACCCAUGCCCUCAGGGGCCAUGUCCCCAACGGGGAGCCGCGAAGAGAAAUUCUCUCGGACUUCAGACGUUUGGUGA